UGAUUAAACUCGGAACAGAACGUCAUCGUCGUAUUCUUCCUGGAGUCGAUGAUCUUACUAAUGUAGGAUGCUUCGCGUUGACCGAAUUGGGUUAUGGGAAUAACGCAGUUGAAAUGGAAACUACUGCAAUUUUUGACGAAGAAACGCGAGAGUUCAUUAUCAAUACUCCUUCUGUACUUGCUCAAAAAUAUUGGAUUACUAAUUCUGCAAUUCAUGCUAAAUGGGCAGUUGUGUUUGCUCAAACUUAUGUUAAGGGAAAGAAUGAAGGAAUUCACGCUAUUUUAGUUAGAAUUCGUGAAGAAGACAUGACACCCUCUAGAGGUGUUGUUAUUGAAGAUAUGGGAGUUAAAUUUGAAUGCAAUGGCGUGGAUAAUGGAAAACUUUGGUUUAAGAACGUACGAGUACCUGUAGAUAAUCUAUUAAAUCGGUACUCAAAUAUUGACGAAAAAAAUCAGUUCACAAGUGUGAUUGAAAGCCGUCGUGG